AUGGCGACUUCUACAGGCGCUGCACAUGAGGCAUCUGUCAGAUGUGGAGUUUGGGCAGGUAGAGAACAUUGGACUAACAUUAAAGUUGGACGUGAAAAGAGAAAUGGACCUGGGGUUCAGCAAUGGUCUGACGGAUCUAAAUAUGAAGGAGAAUUUGUGAAUGAUUUGAAGCACGGCACAGGAGUCUUCACCUGGACAAAUGGAGAGGUAGCUAUUGUUGUUUGAAUAUAAUCAUUUAUUGACAGUCAUGAAAUAGCCCCGUGGGAGGGGGUCAUACAAUCCUGGCUGGCCAACAUUAGGCUACUUUUGUUACAAGUCGCUGUUUAUAGCACGUAUUGUUACAAAUGUCGCAAGUAGUUAAAUUAUUAUUUUUGUAAGACAUUUUCACUAUUACAGGGUCCACAGCCUAUGUCAUAGAGUUAUUUCUAUCAUUUUAUUCUGUAGUUUUAUGAUGGCUCAUUCUACAAAGAUUAUCGUCAUGGAAAUGGGACGUAUUCCUGGCCAGCAGGCUUCAAAUUUGUUGGAAAGUUUUAUUUGAACCGAAAGGAGGGCUAUGGCAUUCAGACCUUCCCAGAUGGCACCACUUUUCAGGUAAGACAGGAGUAUGAGUGUCACCUGAUACCAAUAUCCUAUGACAUGUUCUGACCUUGAGGAUCUGAGUAGCAUUACCAUACUUACACCUGACUUCUGAUUUAACCUGACCCCUACAGGGGUUGUACCAUGCAGACGAGCGCUUUGGGCCAGGUGUGGUGACAUACCCAGAUGGACGUCAGGAAGUGGGUCUGUGGCACCGGGAGAGGCUGCUGAGGCUGUGCACUGCCCUGGAGGGGGGCUUCACUCUCCAUGCAUUCCCAGAACACAUGGCUCGGAUCAACUGCAAGAAGGAGCCUAAGACCCAGUCCCAGAGCUCAGCCAAGGGGCCAGAGACCAAGGCCAAGCCUGGCACCAGGGAGGUUGGCAUGGACCCACUUCUCUCUCCUUACCAUGAGCUACUGCAGGACGAACGCUUUAUCCUGCCCCCAGACAUGGACCGCUACUCCACAGACUCGGACCACCUGCCUGUGCCCUGGGGGCUGCGUAAGGAGCUGGACCUGCAAUUCUUCGGCGAGCACUGUGACAACCCAGACACUAACCCUGAUGUCUCUGCAGCUUUACCACUGCAGCAGCGCAUGCAGGCUCACAUCCAUAGGCACAGGUGAACACAAACACAGGCCAAAUAUAUUAUACAGAUGGCUGAAAGCAAAUAAGCUUCUUACAGGUAGACUCAAAACGGUUUAUUUUGUGUCCUGCUUACCACAGUGGCCUGUCUGUUGUUGUCCCUUCAUGCUGCAGGUUUGAGGUGGAGGCCCUGGAUUGGGACGUGGAGGCUGUUCUGUCUGAGAACCGGGAGAGGUUUGGUCCUAAGGGAUCUCUGGAGCUCAACUCAGAGGGCCUCAUCCAGGAGGCCUCGCUGGGUGACCCGCAGAGUGUCUAUCGUAUCCUACGGGAUGGUAAGAUACACCCUGACGUUGGCGAUGCCCGAGGACACACAGCACUCAUUGCAGCUACGGUAAGGCACUGACAUUGUAUCACAAAGGCAUGGGAGACUCCAACACAGAUAUGAAUAUGAAUGGAUAAUAUUGAUGUUGUGUGCACAGGAAUUACUUGUUUGGAUUUCUUUACAGGUCAACUGCCAUAAUGAUGUGAUCCACCUGCUCCUGGACAGCGGAGCAGAUGUGAACAAUCUCAACUGUGAGGGCAUGUCUGCUCUGGCUGUUUGUAAUGUCCUGUACUACCCAAUCCAGUCACUCCAUGAGACAGUUGCAGAGAAGGUCCCACAAAAGACCCACCCAAAAUCACAGGUCUGUGAGGCACCAAAACAUUUGACAUGACUUUCUUUGGACAGUUCUUUGCUCUAAAAUGUCAGCUCUUUAUUGUUUUUCUUCAUUAUAUUUAUUUGUCACUCUUAUGUAAAACAGGCUGUCAAAGCCCGGUCCCCAUCAGUGAACAGUCCUCAGAGCAGCAUAGUGGAAGCCACCAAAAACAGAGCCCAGACCACCAAACAGGCUGACCAGCCCAACCAGGCUGACGACACUGCUCCAAAGGACCACACCAACCAGGCUGAUAACGAGGCUACGGACCCUGCCCAGUGUAAUGACAGUCAAGUGUCCCUUUACAAUGGCCAGGGUUAUUGUCAGGAAGAGGCUGACCAGGACGAGGAUGAACAGUACCUCCAGGACUGCAGUGACCAGGCUGCCCUGGACCUAGACCGCAUGGACAUGACGGCGGUGAGGGAGAGGUGCUCCAUCCAGGUGCUGGAUGGGAACAUCCCACUGGGCUCUGUCCCCUGGCAUGAGAAGGGUGGCUCUGAUGGUCUGACCCAGCAGCAGGAGGAGGGAGAGGCAGGAUCAGAGGAGGACCGGAGGAGGGAGAGGAGAGGCAGCCUUAUGGUUGACCCAGCAUUUGACUCAACCCGCUCCCUGGCCAGCUUCCACAUCCAUGUCACGGAGGAGGUCAUGCAGAAGACGGCCGAGGCCCUAAGCCGAUCGGGCCUGGUACCACCUGCUGACACCCAGGAGACCGUCCGCAAGAUGGCCCUCAUGAAGACAGAGUGAGUCUGGAACAACCAGGGCUCUGUGCUCAUAGGAAACAUUGUGGGUUAAUUUUAGAGAUGCCGUCCUUACUCACAUAAAUUUGAAUUUAUCUCAUAGCAUGUGCAACGUAAAAACUGCAAACCAUGGAGAAAAUACUUAAAUGGAAUCAUCCUCUAAAUAAAACCAAGGCAAUACCACAACCAAAUGGGAUGUGCUGAUUGACAUAAUGUUAGGGUGGAGGUGAUUAACCCCCAUCUCUUUGUGUAGGCACAGGGGAAGGUGGAACACCAUAAAGCUGCUACUGGACAGGGGAGCAGACCCUAACGCCUCCAGUGUGCCCAUGCCUGUCCUCUUCCUGGCCAUCAAGGCAGGCCACAUUCAGGCUGUCAGGCGUCUGCUGGAGUGUGGAGCACGCACUGAUAUGUGCCUGCCUUCAGAAGUGGGCUAUCUCUCACCUUAUUUUUUCUCUUUCUCACUCAGCCCCACUAACAAAACACAUGGCUUUCUCCUAGCUGAGUGUAGUUUACUACACAGAGUUGAUGUUUCAAUAUGACUGUGGUUGCUGAAAUGGCUUAGUGAUGACAGAAGGCGAGGGUGGUUGGUUGGUCUAUUCCAGUGAUUAGUUACAGUCAUACAGUAUAUCUCCUCUCAUCUCAUAUGUUCCAGCAAAAGGGUUUCUACCCCCUGCACAUUGCUGCAGCUCUCCCCGGGGCAGAGGGCCCCAAGAUCACUGAGCUGUUGCUGCAUGCCGUGGCAGAUCCCGACGUCACCGCCCAAGACGCCUACGAGGUGUUUAAGCUGGACAAGGUCAGCAGAGUAAGAGAGGGUUUUCUGUUGUUGCCUGAGACUUGCCUCAUCUUCAUGGUUCAUAACUGACAUGUUUCCUUUUUUAUAUUUUUUAUAUAUACACACGAACAACACACACGCAUGCACGUGCACACACACACACACACCAACCACCCAGAAUCCUGUGGAGCCCCAAGCUAGUUUUGGGAAUAAGACUUCCACGUCGUCCGGCCCCCCGUCUCAGUUCUACAUGGCCCCCAGUGUGCCCCCAGAAGAGGGGGGCAGGACUCCUCUGCAUAUGGCCUGCCAGAGAGACAAGGACUACACUGUGAGUAUUGCCACUAGUCUUCAGAGUGUAAAGUUAUGACUUCGUGUAUGAGUAUUGUGCAUGUGUGGGAUAUUGUAUGUGUGUGUAUGCUGUGUGUGUAUUUCAGAAUGCUAGGGAGGUUGUGUCACUGCUCCUCUCCCACAAGGCAAGCACCAAUCUCCUGUGGAGUGGCCACUCUCCCCUCUCUCUGGCUAUCGCUAGCGGCAACGACUUGGUAAGGGCUUCAGUUCUCUCUUAGACAGGCCAAGACUGAAAUACAACACCCUACGCAUUCGCAUUUGGCAAAACACACUUAUUACUGUAAAUACUUCUUAGAGGGAGUUUAAAAUAAGUGUGUUACCACUCUACUCCUCCUCUCCACCUCCCCUAGUCCCCAUAUGUAUUCAUUCUGAACUUGGCCUAGGGUUUUCUUCCAUCUCGCCAUGACUGUUCAGUGAGCUUUCCUGCUGUGUUUUACACCCACCACUUAAUGGAGAAUGGCUCUAUCAUUAUUUCCCGUGCAUUUCACCUCUCCUCCCCUCUCCUUCCCCCCAUCAUCCCUCAGUAGCCAUUGAGUACAUGAAUACCCUGUUAUAAUAUGUGAGGAGUAAAUCUUAACUAGCUCCUUUCAUGGCACAAUGUGAAAUGUCUGCUCUGUUACAUUCAUUCUGUCCCUUCAUUCGGUCACAGACCGAGGGGUUUUGAAUCAGAAACACGUUUUUUCUCCAACAAAGGGAAACAGAUUUUAAUUUGCUGUAUGAAUGGCGUGCUAAACCUACAAGGAUUAUGGGAAGGAGGGAGGCUGCCUACUUAAGCUGGAUGGGAGGGAGCACAUCCUUAAGAGGAGUUGGAGGUGCUGCUGGGGACAUGAAAGGCUUCUGGUGAAACACACAGUCAGGCUGAGAUGAUGAUGGAUGGGGGAGGGGGAGGGGUGGAUGUGUGAGUCAACAGCAACCCAGAUAGGCAUUUAGUGGUGCAGGAGUCUUAACAAUCCCAUAUACAGUCGUGGUCAAAAGUUUUGACAAUGACACAAAUAUAAAUUUUCACAAAGUCUGCUGUCUCAGUUUUUAUGAUGGAAAUUUGCAUAUACUCCAGAAUGUUAUGAAGAGUGAUCAGAUGAAUUGCAAUUAAUUGCAAAGUCCCUCUUUGCCAUGAAAAUGAACUUAAUCCCCAAAAAAUAUUUCCACUGCAUUUCAGACUUGCCACAAAAGGACCAGCUGACAUCAUGUCAGUGAUUCUCUCGUUAACACAGGUGAGAGUGUUGACAAGGACAAGGCUGGAGAUCACUCUGUCAUGCUGAUUGAGCUAGAAUAACAGACUGGAAGCUUUAAAAGGAGGGUGGUGCUUGAAAUCAUUGUUCUUCCUCUGUUAACCAUGGUUACCUGCAAGGAAACACGUGCCGUCAUCAUUGCUUUGCACAAAAAGGGCUUCACAGGCAAGGAUAUUGCUGCUAGUAAGAUUGCACCUAAAUCAACCAUUUAUCGGAUCAUCAAGAACUUCAAGGAGAGAGGUUCAAUUGUUGUGAAGAAGGCUUCAGGGCGCCCAAGAAAGUCCAGCAAGCGCCAGGACCGUCUCCUAAAGUUGAUUCAGCUGCGGGAUCGGGGCACCACCAGUGCAGCGCUUGCUCAGGAAUGGCAGCAGGCAGGUGUGAGUGCAUCUGCACGCACAGUGAGGCGAAGACUUUUGGAGGAUGGCCUGGUGUCAAGAAGGGCAGCGAGGAAGCCACUUCUUUCCAGGAAAAACAUCAGGGACAGACUGAUAUUGUGCAAAAGGUACAGGGAUUGGACUGCUGGGGACUGGGGUAAAGUCAUUUUCUCUGAUGAAUCCCCUUUCCGAUUGUUUGGGGCAUCCGGAAAACACCUUGUCCGGAGGAGAUAAGGUGAGCGCUACCAUCAGUCCUGUGUCAUGCCAACAGUAAAGCAUCCUGAGACCAUUCAUGUGCGGGGUUGCUUCUCAGCCAAGGGAGUGGGCUCACUCACAAUUUUGCCUAAGAACACAGCCAUGAAUAAAGAAUGGUACCAACAUAUCCUCCGAUAGCAACUACUCCCAACUAUCCAAGAACAGUUUGGUGACGAACAAUGCCCUUUCCAGCAUGAUGGAGCACCUUGCCAUAAGGCAAAAGUGAUAACUAAGUGGCUCGGGGAACAAAACAUCGACAUUUUGGGUCCAUGGCCAGGAAACUCCCCAGACCUUAAUCCCAUUGAGAACUUGUGGUCAAUCCUCAAGAGGCGGGUGGACAAACAAAAACCCAAAUUUUUUGUUGUUUUGGCUCUGAACCCCAGCACUUUGGAUUUGAAAUGAUACAAUGACUACCCCCCAAGAGUUUAGUAUUUGGUCCCAUAUUCCUAGCACGCAAUGAUUACUUCAAGCUUGUGACUCUACAAACUUGUUGGAUGUAUUUACUGUUUGUUUUGGUUGUGUUUCAGAUUAUUUUGUGCCCAAUAGAAAUUAAUGGUAAAUAAUACUUUUGGUCCCCUAAAAUGAAGGGACUAUGUACAAAAAGUGCUGUAAUUUCUAAACGGUUCACCAGAUAUGAUUGAAAAUACCCUCAAAUUAAACAGUCUGCACUUUAACCUCAUAGUCAUUGUAUCAUUUCAAAGUGCUGAAGUACAGAGCCAAAACAACAAAAAUCAGGUCACUGUCCCAAUACUUUUGGAGCUCACUGUAACUGUACAGGACUGAAGCCUUGUCUUUCCCUCUUGCGUUGACCUCCUUUUUCUAAUGAAUGUCCUGUUAGGCUGUUGAUGAGCUGCUGGCUGGGGGUGCUGACCCCAACCUCCCCCUGACCCGCCGGGUUGGCAGUGCCCUCUGUGCCAUGACCAAUAUCAGCUACGACUGUGCGGCUCACCUCCGCAACAGAACCAAGCUGGUAAGCACAUCCAGGAGGCUGCAUCCAUACACACUAUACUGCUUCUUCUCCUCACUAAAUGCAGCACAUCAGGAAUGUCUUUGUGUUGUUUUACUAGCUGGAGAAACUGAUGAAGGCUGGUGCCAACAUACUGAUGCCAGUGGUGGUUGGCGAGGGCCGCAGGUGUGCUGUGGGCACCGCUGUGGACUACGCCCACUAUGCAUUUCACCAGGUUCAGUACCAACACAACUGUACAAUACUUCAAACCUUAUACUCAGAAACAGACAUUCUGUAGACUUCAACUUCCAUGCAAAUCCUGCAGUAGUUACCUGGUGUUAUUAAAGUAGAAGUGCUGGUGCCUCCCCUCAUGCCCCAGGACUGGCGCAUCGCCCACACCCCGUACCACGCCCUGAACCAGAGGGAGAGAGAGGCAUACAAUGCCCGCAGACAGAUCCUCAGCGUGAUGGGAGACCUACUGCGCCAGGCAGCCAUCAGGAUGGAGAGACAGCGUGGAGAGAGGGAGCAGGGCCUGGGCAUCAGCAGUACGUGUGUGUUUGUGUUCAUGUGUAUGAGAGUGUGUCACUGUGAAUGCGUAUGUGUGAGUACAUCUGUGAUGUACAUCUGUGAUGUACUCACACAUACGCACGCAUACGCAUUCACCGUGCAUGUAAUGUAUGUGUGUCUGUGGCAGGUGUUAGUCCCACAGAGAAGUUUGUGUACACUGGAGCAGGAUCCACUCCUCCCUGGAACAAGGCAGCCAGAGCGGUUCUCCCUGAGGAACAGGACAGCACAGAGUCCCUCCCUCAGCAGAUAGAACAGCAGCAGAGGGCUGAGAAGAGGUACUAGCAUCCCCAACUACACACACACACACACACACUAACACACUGACACAGUUACUGUUACCAUUCAAAUUCAAUUGACUAAUUUCUUUUAAAAAUGACUAUCUUUCCUCUCAUUCCAGACGGGGAAGUAAGGCAGUGAUUGUCAGGUGAACUAUACUUUCAUUUAUUCAACUGCUGUCUCAGACGUCUGCUAACACUUACCAGGGUUUCACACGUGUUCUAGUAAAGUAGGCUACUGUAUGAGUUGAGACUAGGAAACGACACAUUUAAAGCUAUAAGAGUUUUAGUCACCAGAUGGCAGCAAAGUCAUUGUUAUGGCAUGUACAUGAAACUCACAAUGUGAUAUUUAUACAUGCAUAUCUAUGUGGUGUUUUCAGGAAGCCCCUGUUUAAAUACUGCUACCAGUGUGGCCGUUCUGUGGGUGUGGUCCUGAUCGCCUGCAGCCGCUGCCACGAGGUGUUCUACUGUAGCAAGACGUGCAAGAUGAAGGCUUGGAACGACCGCCACAAGGAUGAGUGUGUCCGUGUGCCAGGUCGGAAGGAAAACACCACCUCCCCCAAACCCAUCCCCAAUCACCUUCUCACACAGCAUGCCAACACCCUUAACUAACUGAUCAAUCCCUGUGUGUAAUUUGUUAAACACAAGUUCAUAUGAAGUUAUACCCCAACAUCCAAAUUUCAGCUUUUCCCUGUUUUGUAGCACAUUUGAUUAAACUAAUCUGCAUUCCUAAUCCUCAAGUGAUUGGUGAGUAUGUCAAAGAGCCCAUAGUCUGCUUAAUAGACACAUUGUUUCACAAUAUUCAUGUAAUAUACAGUAUACAUUGAGUGUAUAAAACAUUAAGAACACCUGCUCUUUCCAUGACAGACUGACCAGUGAAAGCUAUGAUCCCUUAUUGAUGUCACUUGUUAAAUCCGCUUCAAUUAAUCAAUCAAUGAAGGGGAGGAGAGAGUUGAAGAAGGAUUUUUAAGCCUUGAGACAAUUCAGACAUGGAUUGUGUAUGUGUGCCAUUCAGAGGGUGAAUGGGCAAAACAAAAUAUUUAAGUGCAUUUUAACAGGGUAUUUUAGUAGGUGCCAGGCUCGGGGCGCAUCGAUUUGUGUCAGGAACUGCAACGCUGCUGGGUUUUUCACGAUCAACAGUUUCCCAUGUGUAUCAAGAAUGGUCCACCACCCAAAGGACAUCCAGCCAACUUGACACAACUGUGGGAAGCAUUGGAGUCAACCUGGACCAGCAUCCCUGUGGAAUGCUUUCGACACCUUGUAGAGUCCGUGCCCCGACAAAUUGAGGCUGUUCUGAGGGCCAAACUCAAUAUUGGGAAGGUGUCCUUAAUGUUUUGUACACUCAGUGUAAUGGAAGUGCAUGGUUUGGUCCUGCAGUCAUUCACUUGCACAUACUGUACUACAGUGGUUCUGAAACCUGUCCUCUGGGUACCCAUACGUUUCACAAUUGUGUUGUAGCCCUGAACUAACUCACCGGAUUACCUAGUCAAGGGUCACGUUCCCCUGCUCAGACGUUGCAUGCAUCAACUAAUGGUUGCAUGCCACAUCAUCAACUGUGUUAUCGACUGACAGAUUGCUAAAACACGAUAAGCUGAUACCUAAAAUACCUAUCCAGGCGUUGUAAGAUCUGGCAUGCAUCAGCAACGCCUGGGCACAGGAACGCACCCAAUGGCUUGAUGAUUAGUUGACCAUUUGAAUCAGGUGUGCUAGGUCUGGAAUAGAUCAAAUACAUGGAACGGCUGGGGGUCCCCAAGGAGAGGUUUGACAACCCCUGCUGUACUGUACAGCAGGUUUCGCCAUGCCUUUAUUACUUAUUGCCACUAGGUGGCACUGAUACUACACAGAUUGACUGAACCUGUUAACAUGGCAUUGAUACUGAGAAGUGACUAUUUGAGCUUAAAAAUGAGAAAUAAGAACUAGGCACAGAUGGGUCAUGCAGUGAGCUUGUGUCCUAUGUGGAUUCUUUACAGGAGUCACCCAUAGUGAAAAUACUCUACUAAUUCAGGAGAGAAAAGGACAGCCAAGCACAGUCAAGAGUAAGGCCAUGCAGUAAAACCGAUAUAAAUAUAUAUAUAUAUAUAUAUAUAUAUAUAGCAAACAACAGUGUGAGUGAUGAGUAUGUAUGAAGAUGUUUGCUAUAUAUCUUGGAGUGUGAAAAAACAUUUGUGAGGGUGAAAUUAGAUGAUCGAUUUUUACUUCUGCUUUUAGGAAUUCUAUGUUGACACACUACACUAUAGUUUAAGUGUAUUAAAGACAGUGACCUAGUACAGAGUAUGUGAUGACGCUGCUGUUGCUGUGACACCAGUGUUUGCAGAAUCCCAAAAUAACCCCACCAAGGCAUCGCUGAUAGAGCAGAUGAAGGUCCAUCUGAAGCUUGACAGGUUAAAGGAGAAGCUGGCAAGAGGGUUACUACAGGGUAGGAAUACAGUAAGAUAAGGCACCAUAUUCACUACAGAACAUUAUCUCAAAGUACUGAAUAGAAAAGUGAAAGUCUCUGAUGUGAUAAGGAUAUUGUCUGUCAGUCACGACCCAUUAGAUAGAGAGAUUGGGACUAAGCAUGGCUCUGUGUUUGUGUCCGCAGCUAAACCCAAAGACCCAAACAACUCUGUGAGGAAGGCCAAAAGCAACGAGGGCUCUCAGGAUCCAGCCGCUCAGAGACGAUAUUUAGGAGCCGGGGCCAAAACCAAGAUGGGCCAGCUCAACCUGGCCCAGAAACUCUCAGAGAGCCAAUAUGAAAACCUGAAAGAGAACUACAGCUUCAUCUGA